AUGACAAUUGAGAAACUCCAAUUCUCUCUGCCAGCAGUUUUCACGAUUGGCCCAGAUAACAACAUUGAGGCCCUCAAAAAAUAUGCUCUGCUUUUGUCUGGGGAAGCCGAUGGAAUUGAAUCCUCUGAUAAAAAGCUCACUACCCGUACAAGGGGGAAUCAUGUGCAAGACAUCGUCAAAGGCAUUAUCGAGGGUGAAACUCGCGUCAUCGUCUCCAGUAUGACUAUGGAAGAGAUUUUCAAGGAGAGACAGAUCUUCAAGCAGCACGUCAUUGAUAACGUGCAGAAUGAGUUGGACCAGUUUGGUCUUCGGAUCUACAACGCAAACGUUAAAGAGCUCCAAGAUGCCCCUGGGAGCGAAUAUUUCUCCUAUCUUAGCCGGAAGGCACAUGAAGGAGCAUUAAAUCAGGCAAAGAUUGACGUCGCUGAAGCCCGAAUGAGAGGUGAGAUUGGGGAAGCUGAGAAACGCGGUAAAACCAAACAGGAGAUUUCGAAGAUCGAUGCAGAGACGGCAGUUUUGGAAACAAAACGCCGAAGCGAAAAGGCGCAAGCAGAUGCCCAACUUACCAACCGUCAGACAGAGCUUGAUAUGGACAUUCGUCUCAAGAAGAUUGCCGCCCAACGCCAGUCUGAGAUGAGAGAUGCUGAGUUGCAGAAGGAAGUUGAAACGAAACGUGCGGAAACCGAACUCGAGAGGCUGAGAGCCACAGAUGUCACAAAAAGCAAAGUUGCCAAAGAAUCGGCCCAACAAGACGCCGAUGCUAGCUACUAUACCCAGACCAGGAAUGCAGACGCGCAGCUCUAUGAGAACAAGAUGAAAGCCGACGCCCAAUUCUACCGCGAGACAAAAAUUGCAGAAGCGGCAUUCGUCGCCAGGCAGAAAGAAGCAGAAGGCAUGAUGGAGAUGGCCAAGGCAUACGGUGCAAUGGCGGAUGCCUUCGGCGGUCCCCAAGGGCUCUUACAGUACAUGAUGAUCCAGAACAACACCUAUGAGAAACUCGCGAAUGCAAAUGCCCACGCCGUCCGUGGCAUGGAGCCAAAGAUUACAGUCUGGAAUACCGGUGCUGCCGAUGCCUCUCAAGACAGUACUGCUCCCAUUCGAAACCUGAUGCAGAGCCUACCACCGCUCUUUUCCACGAUCCACGAUCAAACCGGUAUUGCCCCACCCAAUUGGUUGGUCCAGAUGCCGCAGGGACAGAAGCAGAAUGCCGCCGAACCUAUUAAGAACGACAUCACACCCAAGGUGCAAACGGCCAACGCUAACUAG